AUGGAAAAUUCAACUUUUUGUGAUGAAUCAUCACAUCUUGUUGUCCCAACAACAAUUGCAAUUGCAUUAAUCAUCGUUGUCGUUUUUUUAAUAUAUACAUAUGUAAAAGUUAAGGAGUACUUUGAUGAAAUUUACAACGGCAGUGUCGGAUGUCGGAUGAAUUAUGUUGAAAAGUUUGUUGAUGGAGUUCAUUAUGUAUUCAAUUUAAAUGCAGCUACACUUAGUGGUGCGAUUGAUAUAUUGGUGAUUCCUCAGCCCGAUGGAACACUCAAGUGUACACCAUUUCAUGUACGUUUUGGUAAGCUGCAGUUGAUUAGCAGCUCGGAAAAGGUGGUUCAAAUCUAUGUCAAUCAGAAAAAGGCAGACUUGCAAAUGAAGCUUGGUCACGCUGGCGAGGCAUUCUUUGUCGAGGAGACUGAAGACCCAGUACCCUCCAUCCUCGCCACUUCCCCCAUCACAUCACCCAAGCCUGGCAGAAUCAUCAAACAAUCGACCGAAGAGUUGGUACCCGAAUUUACAAGCACUAGAAUCAUGACUCGACCAAUCAUUAAACCAACUCCAACUACUCCGGCAGCUGUCGUUACCACUACGACGACUGCCACGACUGUUCCCGCAACUCCAACAGAGAAACCAGUAGUAUUAACAGAUGCCAUUCAAGAAAUGAUUAUUGCUCAACAUAAACAAUCUCAAAGUCAAGAUAAAGAUAAAUCAAAGCCAACCACAACAACUGGUUUCAAACCUAUUACUACUGCUACAACAACAACUUCACCUACAACCCCAACUAAAAAGAAUCAAGUUGAUCCAAAAAGAACAUCAUCACCAAUUUAUUUUGAAGGAUCAGAGGAUAUUACAAUGGAUUCACCACUGAAUAGCUUUAUUAUUAAUUGUGAAGCUGAACAACUUUCACCUCCACAACCACAGGAUAGUCAAUCACCAGUAGGUAGUCUGUCACCUCCAAAACCAAUGGAAAUGCUUCCAAAUCCAUCGGCAUCUGCCAUUGCAUCAGAGGGAUCGUCGACAUCAGACACUGAAUCUGAACCAAAAGUUGGAUUUUGGAGAUGGGGUGGUUUACCAAUAUUUAGAAGAAACAAACAACCUGCUUCUAGCGCUAUUGUCGCACCAACUACAGCUACAGUAGCUACUUUACCAAAUACAACUGGACCUUCAUCACCUUCAACAACUACAACUACAACCAUGACAACUACUACAUUAACUACUAGUACAACAACUACAUCUGCUGCUUCUUCUUCGUUGCCAUCUCAAUUGCCAUCAUCAUUAUCAUCUUCAUCAUUGACAGGUUCAACCAAAUCUGCAUCAGCAACUGUAAAUCAAUCAAAGUUAUCAGACAACUUUGAUCAAGACUCUAGUAGUGGUAUUAGUGGUACCUCUUUAUCAACUCCAACUAGUCCACAACAACAACAAGAAAUUGUACUUGAAUCAUCAUCUACAAUACUUACAACUAGUACAAGUAGUACUAAUAAUAUUCCAGUAGUUGGAAUGACGACGACAAGUGAAACAAGUGAUAGUGACCAAGCAUCAAAUAGUAGUAGUAAUGAAGACACUGCUACCAUUUCUGGUGAUGGAUCAUCAUGGAGUAGAAUGGGAUUCUUGACGAAAAUGUUUAACAAAAAGGAAGCAGAACCCUCCUUUUUGGUCAAAUCAAUGGAUAGUCCACCACCAUCGAUUAUGGACUCUGAAACCAAAGCAUACAACAGUACUGACCAAUCUAUAAUAGAUUCAAGCAACAUCACCACCCUUCACAUUAACAACACCAACAUUAGAAAUAGUGAAGGUGAAAGUGGAAUAUUUUUAUUAGAUGAAGAUGAAGAAGAAGAGGAAUCUAGAAUUAAAGAAUUAAAUGAUGAUCAAGAUAACAACAAAUCAACAACAACAACAAUAGUAGUAGACAAUAAUAAUGAUAAUAAUAGUAAUAAUAAUGUAAAUAACCAAUCUCCUCAAGAGUCAUCUCAUAUUUAUGAUGUUAGUGCAGAUAAAAGUUUUGCAGCUAUUGUAAAAGAGAAUCUAAAUGGUAAAUCUACUUUGGAAAGAUCACCGUCACCAUUGGUACAAUUAGAUGAACAUGAAUUCCCCUCUUUGAAUAUGAAUGGAAAUCAUCAUAAUAAUCAUAUGAUUCCCAUACCAACACCAAAUAAUACACCAUCAAACUCAACAUUGGCAAAUGUAACCUAUUCAUCAUCACCAAACUCAUCAUUUGCAUCCAAAGCAAAUCAUCAUAAUCAUAUUGAACAUUUGGCAAUGAAACAAAAACAAACCACUGGAAAUAGUCGUCCUUCAUCUCCUGUCCCUUUGACUGCAACUACAACUACUACAACUACAACAAAUGCAGCAGCUGUUACUAGUACUUCAAAUGCUACAUCUGCAACCUCUGCAGUAGCAAUAACAACAACUAUUACAUCACCAUUGACAAAAGAGGAAACUGAAAGUUUACCAAUUGUUAAACUUUCACUUUGUGGUCACUUGAUUUUAGAUAGAAGUCUUCAAUCGGAUUGGCCAGAAGAAAGAGAGAAAUUCUUUAAUGAACAUAUUGUCACUUUUGAGCAGUUGUGCAAUGAUGCUGGUAUCUUUAAAAACCCACAUUUGGUGGCCAAGAUUGGUGUAGAGUUUUAUCCAUGGUCGGUUGCCGGUCACAUCAUCAUGACUCAAAUUGUGUUUAACCGAUCUCUUCCCAAAGAGUCGAUCGAAUGUCUCGUCACCAAAGACAAGGAUGAACGUCAAAUCACCAAACCAACCACCGCUGGCAGCAAACAAUCUUGGAAGAGUUGGUUGAGUUGGAAAUCAACUACUACCUCUGCCACCCAACAACCAGGUAUUGUUGUCAGUGGUGCAGUAGUAGACACCAACAAUAAGAUUCCUACUACAGCAGGAACUACAUCUCCACCAAUUGGAUCGAUUAAUCCAACUACCAAUACCGAUGUAAUCGUUACACAAAAGGGAUCGAGUGGAUAUAUAAAGAAAUCACUCAGACCAACCUCUGAUCAAUUAAAGGCGUUGGGAUUGCAAAAGGGUGCCAAUCGAAUUACAUUUGUCGUGUCGAGUACACUCCAAGGCACAAGAGAGGUGUCUGCAUCUGUCUACUUUUGGGACAAUACCUCCAAGAUUGUCAUUUCCGACAUUGAUGGAACCAUCACCAAGUCGGAUGCACUCGGCCAGGUUCUUCCUCUGAUUGGAAAGGAUUGGUCGCAUUUGGGUGUCGCCGAACUCUACUCUAAUAUCAAGGAAAAUGGUUAUAAUAUCAUGUAUCUUACUAGUCGUGCAAUUGGCCAAGCAGGUCUUACACGUACCUAUAUUUCAUCAGUUAAACAAAGUUCAUCUUCAAAUUUUACAAUUGCAACAAAAUAA